AUGAAUCUCACAUCCUACGGUAUCCUCGUCGCCUCCCUCCUCGGCGCCGCGCUCGCCGGGUACUACACCUCCGAGACCCUCUCCGCCCGCCCCAAUAUCCAGUACACCCUCAUCGACUCGGCGCGGGCCAAGGAGCUCCAAUCUGCCAAUCAGCCCCGGUUUGGGGACCACAAGGCCUACCUCGCGGCUAUUGACGAGCUCAAGGCGAGCUGGCAAAAGAAGGGAAAGGCGGAUCAGGUCAGUACGGACAAGGAAGACCUGGAGACGCACGGGAUUAGCGAUUGGAGCUACCAUGAGGCCAAGGUGCCGACGGUGGUGGUCUGGGUGGAGAGCACGGAGGAGGUCGUGGAGGUGGUCAAGGUGGCGACGAAGUAUAGGGUGCCGAUCACGCCGUUCUCGGGCGGAACAAGUCUCGAGGGGCACUUUAGCAGCGUAGCUGAGUCUCAGCCAUACGGCGGUAUCUCGCUCGACUUUUCAAUGAUGGACAAAGUCCUCCGGAUCUCCGAGGCAGACGGAGACUGUACCGUCCAGCCCGGUGUAAAAUGGGAAGACCUCAACAAGCACCUCGCAGAUAAAGACAUCAAGCUGUUCUUCCCGCUGGAUCCGGGACCGGGGGCGACUAUCGGGGGGAUGGCGGGUACGGGAUGUAGUGGGACAAAUGCGGUGCGGUAUGGGACAGCCAAGGCCGAGUGGUUCUUGAACUUGACUGUCGUUCUUCCGUCUGGCGAGGUUAUCCGGACACGACAAAGAGCUCGGAAGUCUUCAGCAGGGUUUGACACUACCAAGCUGUUCAUCGGUGCCGAGGGGACUCUCGGUAUCGUUACCGAGGCAACUCUGCGGCUUGCACCUCUUCUGCCCACAAAAUGUGCUGUCGUGGGCUUCGCUGGGGUGGAGGAGGCGGUGCAGGCUGCGACUGAGAUUGUCAAUGCCGGACUACCAGUCCAAUGCGUUGAAUUCGUAGACAAAAAGACGGUCCAGUCCAUCAACGAAAUGGGUCUCGCUGGACGGUCAUACCCUGAGCGUGACUCCCUAUUCUUCAAAUUUCAGGGAUCUGACGCAUCCAUGACCGAUGUCGCCAAAGCAGCAGCCAUCAUCGUUCAAAAACACGGUGGCAAAGACCUCGAAUUCAGCAAGACCGAUAAGGAAGCUGCAGAUUUGUGGCAAGGACGAAAAGCGGCUCUGUGGAGUAUCAUGGGGUUGAUACCGGAAAGUCGCGCAUGGACGACCGAUGUUUGUGUACCCAUAUCGAAACUGCCGCAGCUGGUACGAGAGACGGCAGAAGAUUUCGAGCGGAGAGGAGUCGUUGGGUGCCAUCUAGGACACGUCGGCGACGGUAACGUCCAUUCCAUCCUCCUGUUCAAAACGGACGAGGAGCUCGAGAACAUCCGUGAGGGGGUACACGAGAUGGUACACCGUGCUAUCAGGCUCGAGGGGACAUGUACAGGCGAGCACGGUGUAGGGGUGGGUAAGGUGGAGUACCUGGAGGAGGAGUUGGGCGUGGGGACAGUGGGGCUAAUGGAGACUAUCAAGAGGACGCUGGACCCCCUGGAUAUCAUGAACCCGGGCAAGCUGUACCCAAAUAUCAAGCCAAUCAAGCCAUGA